CAUUGUAUUUUCCUUUCUAUCUAAUGGCUUUACCCAUAUUUUCAUCUCUCCCAUUUACCUUUAACAAAACCCCUUUUCCAAAAAAUGGUUCUUUAUCUCUACCAAUAUGGAACUCCAAUUUCCAUCUUCCAAUUCAAUGCAAGGCAACACAUGAAGCUGCAAAUGAUCGUAUUCCUCGACGAUCUCAUAAAGAUCGACCUUCAAUUUGGAGCCAUGAUUAUAUCCAGUCAUUAAAUAGUGAAUAUAAGUUAUGAUUAUUUAACUCUUUUUUUUCUCUGUAUUUUUAUAGUUAUUUAUUUAUUAAUGCUAACAAUUAGUUGUUAAUUAAUUAAAUUAAUGCAGGAAGAAAUAUAUGCAAAGAAAUUGAUAGUGCUAAGGGAAGAAGUAAGGAUGAUGUUUAACAAAAUGGAAAAUGAGGUUGAUCAACUUGAGUUUAUUGAUGUGUUGCAAAGGCUUGGAGUUGAUUAUCAUUUCAACAAUGAAAUAAGGAACAUGUUGGAUAAUAUUUACAAUACACAAACAUCCAAUUUGAAGAAUAAUAACUUAUAUGUCACAGCACUCAAGUUUAGACUUUUAAGGCAACAUGGCUAUGAUAUAUCUACAGAUGUUUUUGUUUGCUUUCGAGAUGAAAUGCUUGAUUUGAAGACUGACCACGCAAUUGAUGUUGAGGGAAUGUUGUCAAUGUAUGAAGCCUCAUUUCAUUCAUUUGAAGAUGAAACUAUAUUGGAUGAAGCAAGAGAUUUCACAAUAAAGUUUCUUAAAGAUUAUUUGAACAAACAUGGAGAUGAUGAUGUUAUGUCAAUUCUAAUAAGCCAUGCUUUUGAGAUUCCACUACAUUUGAGAAUUUCUCGAUCGGAGGCGCAAUGGUUCAUCGAUCAAUACCAAAAAAAUAAAAACAUGAGUCCGAUUUUACUUCAAUUCGCUAAAGUGGAUUACAACAUUCUUCAAAGCAUCUACCAAGAAGAACUUAAAUAUGAUUCAAGAUGGUGGAAAGGAACUGGUUAUGAAGAAAAGUUGACAUUUGCUAGAGAUAGAAUUGUUGAGAAUUAUAUUUGGUCAGUAGGAACAAAUUUCAAUCCAAAUUCGGGAUACUUUAGAAAAUAUACAACCAAGAUCCUUUCUUUAAUUACCACAUUGGACGAUGUUUACGAUGUUUAUGGUACUUUGGAAGAACUAGAACUCUUCACAGAAGCAAUUGACAGAUGGGAUCUAAAUGGCAUGGAUAGUCUUCCAAAUUAUAUGAAAAUAUGCUUUGAGCCAAUUUAUAACUUUGUGAAUGAAUUGGCUUUUGAUGUUCAAAACAAGAGUGGAUGUGAUAUCACUCCACACCUAAAGAAAGCAUGGAUAGAUCUAUGUAAAACAUAUUUGGUGGAAGCAAAAUGGUAUCAUAUUGGAUCUACUCCAAACUUUGAAGAAUACUUAGAGAAUGCAUGGAAAUCCAUAGGUUCAGCUGUUAUACUUAUUCAUGGUUUCUGCUAUUUUCAACCCGAAGACUCGGUUUGUGUGGAAGAAAACUUGAACAUAAUUCAUUUUUCUGCAACGAUUUUACGCCUCGCGAAUGAUCUUGGAACAUACAAACGCGAACUUGAGACAGGUGACAUUCCGAAGUCAAUUCAACUUUACAUGAACGAAAAUGAUGCUUCUGAAACGGAGGCUCGUGAGUAUGUAAAGUCCUUGAUUUUAACACUAUGGAAGAAGAUGAAUAAAGAAGCUCAUACUUCAUCUUUCUCUCGGAGUUUCGUAGAUAUUUCGAUAAAUCUUGCUAGAAUGUCAUUAUUCAUGUACCUUCGCGGAGAUGCACAUACUGUUCAAGAUUCUGAUGUUAAGAAUCGUGUAGUUUCAUUGAUUUUUCAGCAUGUUCCUAUCAUGAGUACAAUGGAAUAAUGGAAGAAGAGAAAGUAAGAGAAAGAAGAAGAGCAAUGGAAUAAUGGAAUUUGUAUCAUAUCUCUGAGAUGUUUUCCCUUUCUUUUAUUAUUUGUAUUUUACAUUCUAUGAAAUGGAUUUAUUCCAUAAUUUGUUUGUGAUAAAUAAAAGUUGUACUAUGGCAUUGUUUCAUUGAAAUCAAUAUACUAUUAUCCAUUAGUUUUCCAAGAGUUGAUAA